GCGUCCCUCCGCCGCGCCCCCGAUCGGUCCCCCCGGCCCUCCCCGCACUCUGCUCCGUCAGCCCCCGGCGCACCUCGCGUCCCCCCCGGUCCCCCGGGCCGGCUUCUGCGGUCGCCAUGACGGCGGCCGUGUUCUUCGGCUGCGCCUUCAUUGCCUUCGGGCCUGCGCUCGCCCUCUAUAUCUUCACCAUCGCCACCGAGCCGUUGCGCGUCAUCUUCCUCAUCGUCGGAGCUUUCUUCUGGUUGGUGUCUCUGCUGUUUUCCUCCUUUGUUUGGUUCAUGGCAGGAAUCAUUACCGACAACAAAAAUGGGCCAGUACAGAAAUAUAUGCUGAUCUUUGGAGUGUUAGUCUCAGUCCUUAUCCAAGAAAUGUUCCGGUUUGCAUAUUAUAAACUUUUAAAAAAAGCCAAUGAGGGUUUGAAGAGUAUAAACCCAGAUGAGACUGCACCCUCUAUGCGAUUGCUGGCCUAUGUUUCUGGCCUGGGCUUUGGAAUCAUGAGUGGAGUGUUUUCCUUUGUAAAUACUCUGUCUGACUCACUGGGGCCGGGCACGGUGGGCAUUCAUGGAGACUCUCCCCAGUUCUUCCUGAAUUCAGCUUUCAUGACGCUGGUUAUCAUAUUGCUGCACAUGUUCUGGGGCAUUGUAUUUUUUGAUGGCUGUGAGAAGAGAAAGUGGUAUGCCCUUCUUGUAGUUCUUCUGACCCAUCUGCUGGUGUCAGCCCUGACCUUCAUAAACCCUCAUUAUGGGAUAAAUCUGGUGUUAGCAUAUAUAACCAUGGUGCUCAUGGGCACCUGGGCAUUCUUUGUUGCUGGGGGCAGCUGCCGAAGCCUGAAACUCUGCCUGCUCUGCCAAGACAAGGACUUCCUCCUUUCCAGCCAGCGCUCUAGAUAACCUCUGAGAACCAGCACCUAUGAAACAUUGUAACAGGAGAACUUUUGUUAACCUCCAUCCUGGCCUUCAUGACUGGCAAUAUAGUAAUAGCAACUUUCUUGUAGAGCAUCUUAAUAAAAACAUGGCUAAAAGACAUAAAUGAUGAUAACUGCAGACUGCAUAGAAAUUGGCUUGUGUUCCCAGUGGUAGUAUUUUUAUUUUGAAGCACAUUUCAGUGUUUCCUGAGGGUGGCAGAUUCGCAUCACAGGUACUAGGUGUUACCCAUAGAUUCGGUGCAGUAUCGCAGCUGCGACAGAAGCUUCCUGCUGCCUGGCAACCCUUCUCACUUGCCUCAAACUAGCCCAGAGACGGAUUGGCAGUCAGCGCGGGCCUGAGGGCUCUGAAGCCCAGGGGGCAGUCUGUCGCGGGCAGCAGCACCUGUUCCGUGGGAAGAGCUUCUUGCAAGUCCUAGCUUUUGUGAGCUAAGUCUUUCCGGUCCUCACCAUUCCUUACUCCAGGUGGACAAAGUAAAUGUCACAACAAAAAAUUUUAAAGUGCUUUGUUUGGAGCACUUUAAGAUUGCAGUGUUUACAUUUCUCAUUUACCAACUUUACUUCAUUCUCUUGAUUUUAGUGUUCAGAGAAGUGGGUCUAUCUUAUAUAGUAUGUAUCAUUUUAUAUGUUAUACUGUUAUGUCAUACAUACUUGUGAUAUCAGGCCUUGCAUUCAAUACACAGUGCAGUAAACUCUUCUCAGACCUGUAUUUUUUAGUAAACAAUAAAAAGAUUGUUUGGCACCACUCA